GUGUGCUUACUCACCACUCCGAUUGAACAACUGUCUGCUCCCUGCUUCACAUGGGCUCUUAUUUACCCCCAUACGAAAACAGAUAUUUAUAAACAAAAAUCGAGCAUGCUGUCUGCAGUUAAGUUGUGCAACUGUUUUCUGUGUUGAAACAGCCAUUGGCAUGCUUUUUUUUCUGUGAGAAAUCUUUAAAAGUGCAGUCACACCUGUUUUUCCCUGGAGAGUGUUUUUGAGUGUACCCAUUUCUUCAGAGCUCUACGCACCUGUUGAGGAAACUGAGUAUAAUUGGUGCAUCAAGUACAGGAAAAAGAGGAAGACAGCAAAUACCCAGAUUACAAAGUUUCUUCUCAAUUUGUAUUGAAAAGGAUUUUUCAUGCCACUAGGACGUGGUAUUGACUGAUGUUUAAUGUGUGAUCGGUUUCCCCCCUUUGGGACUAACCCUAUGAUGCCCAUGCUUGGUGAACCCCCCAUGGGAUUUCCGGACCCCCUCAGGGGUAGUCUCCUGGGACUGCAUCCCUAUGGCCACCCAGGAUAUGGACUGGGUCUGGGGCCACUUUUGCCUGUUCCCGUAUGGAGACCUUUAGCUGCCCACCCCUCAGCUGUCUUGUGUAAUAACAUUGGAUGUCCAUGUAACCGAUCCGCAGCAGCUAUGAAUGAACUCCUAGAAAUGUACAAGAGUUCUCCCCCUUCAUCAGAUCCCUGGAGGCCUUGGUACCCCAAACACUCAGUGUCUGGUGAAUCUUACUACAAAUCCAUUGACUCCCGGCAGUCUCCCAGCAAAGAGCUCCCUACCAAGCUGCUUAAACAGGAUCGUAUCAAAGAGAGACAGGAACUGUCCCAGACUCUUCACUACGACAGGGAUCAUCUCCUGAAGCUCAAAAACAGAUGUGUAGCAGUCUCACAACCAGGGCAGCCUAGUGUAGAUGGAGAAGUCUACAGAAAUGGGGACCAUCAUAUUUCAGCCUUGGAGUCUUACCCCCUCAGGAGACACUACACUCCUCUCCUUCCCCCAGCAGGGCCAAUCCGGGAUCCCAGGGGAUCGCCCCCCAAGUAUUCCUCACUAGAAUCCCAUGAUGCUCCACUGAAUCUCUCGCUGUCUAGCUCCUCUCUCCCCUCAUCGUCCUCGGCCUUCUCCACUCAAAUCUCCCGGCCCUCAGUCAUCACAUGCGCUCCCAUGGCAACCGAGAGGACCAGUCACUAUAGCAACGUGUCCCCUCCUCAUACUCCUCAUGCUGUGGCCAGCCCUAAAAGUCGGCAGAUUAUAUCAGCAGGAUGUGAACCUGAUAUAGAGGAGCAUUUCAGGAGGUCACUGGGAAGAGAUUACAUGACGUCCAACUCCCCCAAGCAAGUGAAUCCUCCCCCUCCCCCACCACCCCCCAAGGUGCCCACUCCCCCGGAGGAAACAGCCCAGACAACACGAGGCAGCUCUUCCUCACCCAAGGAUGAAGAUAAAAUCAACCCGGCCAAUGUUUCUAUCACAGGAACAGUAGAUGACCAUUUUGCCAAAUCCCUGGGCUCUAACAUGUGGUCAGCCCUGAAGGCCAAAAAUGACCCUGACGUCCAGACGGUGGAUGAUCAUUUUGCCAAAGCUCUGGGAACCAGUACGUGGUUAAGAAUCAAAAAGGAGAAGGAAACAAAUGGAGGAGCAUCCCCUCCCUCAUCACCACAGCAGCAGAGACCAAACUCCUCACUCGUAUCAACAUAAUGGUCGAGGGAGAGGGAACGAGACACAAGGCGCAGCAGCUUGGGAUGGAAGCGAAAUCCCACAACUUACUGUUAAUUAAUUAUCACCACUGCCAAGGGGAAAGAAAUCCUCAAACCCUCAAGAACAUGGGAACACUGCUGGAAGUCUUCAGUUAGAAAAUUAUUAAUGACAAAAAAAAGCACUUGUUUGUGUGACAAUUGUUAAAGUUUUGUGAAAAAAGGAGAACUGCUCACAUAAUUUGGUUCUCUUUAAAACGGAGACACCACCUACCCUCUGUUCAGUAUUGAAGUGACACUGUGUGAAAUUAGACACUAUGUGCACCCACUCCUGCAGAGUUUUUACCGUUGUUCUUGCACAUGACAGUUUUGAACUGCCUUUUUUCUUUCUAUAUUUUUUUUUACCCCGUUUGGCAGUCGGUAGACACAAGGACACAUCUACGCAUGUUAGAGCUCUGGACAAUUUUGAUCUCUCCCGGACUGACAGAUUGGGAUAUUCCACAAGUUUAUUUGGUGCUUUAUUUUUUAUUUCCUUUUAUGCUUACUGAAGACUCUGAUGUUUUCGUUGUUUAUUUUUUUUUUGUGUAGACUGAGUGUCUGGUGCUUGUUUUUUUGUUAUCAAUGGCCUAAAAGUUGCUCACCAUUCAUUCAUACAUGACAGAUGUGAGUCGUCUGCUUGUCAAUGUGUCGGGUGCCUGAGGUUUUUUUUGCAAAUAUCCUGUUGAUAUCAUCACUGAAUGUCUUGAUAAUUAUUGUAUAUAUGUGGAGGAUGCUGGGUAAAGAGAGAGCAGCAACUCUCUAUAGUUUAUGGUUAUAUUGUAUAGUUGUAUUUUUCUUCAUUAUUGUAAAUCAUUGUUUGAAUGAAAAUCUUUACUCUCAUGUGAUUGAUGUAUGACCAUGAUGAAUGCAAAAAAUUACAUUCCACAUCUGUGUGUUUAUGUGUAUGUGUGUGUGUCUGUGUGUGUGAUAAUGAUGUUAAGGUUAAAAGAGUGACACGAGCGUGAUAAAUGUUAUGUCAGUUUGCGAUACAACAGACAAGUGUGCUUCCUGUUUAGGUCACACAUGAGGUCUCCAAGCUUGUCAUCAGAAAAAAGGGUGGAGGCGUGUGUUUACAUAAUGAAGCCAACGAGCCGUGGCUAAAUGAUCAAGUCGGCAAUGAGUAAGGCAUAAUUAUAUAUAAAAGUAUGAUGAAAUCAUUUUGGCAAGAUUAAGAAAUCUAUUGGCAGGUAUGACCUAAUACUUUGAGAUAAUGAUGAAGUGCUCCCUUCAUUGGAGGAAUUCAAAAUGUGAAAGGCAUUCUGGUGAUAGUCACUUGUCUUUAAUUUGUGUGACACACCUGUGUUUUUGAAUACUAAAUAAUUAAUAUGUAAAUGUUGUUAGUUUCUCAUUAUUGAUAAGCAUAAUUACCUUUCUGCCACACAGGAAUUGAAUUUUGUUAUUAAUUGUAUUUUUUUUCUCUCUCUCUCUGAAAUUCACUACAGAAAAAUGUUAGAAAAUUUUUGCUCCAUGAAUAAACUUAGUACUUAUAAUACAGACAAUUUAUGGGUAUCUUGGGGUAUACCGGUUGUUGGGGUAUAUUUAUUUAUUGGCUGACUAGCUUGCUGAUGUAAUGUAUGAAUGAUGGGGUAAAUGCUGACAUGGCAAAAAUUGAUGUUAUCAUGAAUGAGUAGGUUGGAGAGAGAGAAGAAUAAGAUGGAUGGCAGGAUAUCAAUGGCAGCUCCUGAAGCUUUAUAAAUGAUGAGGGUGUGUGUAGAUGUAGAUACAUUGUACCUCAGUGUGUUAGAAGUCACUGUAUUUUUUUGUUAUUACCACAUUGUUCCACAAUUAAUGGCUGUGUGUAAUGUCUAAGUUGUUGUCAUGUGUAUGAGGUGUUUUUUUCUUGAAUUUAUGAUGAAAUGAAAAAAAAUAUGUUAGAAAAACUAUUGUGAAGCUAUAAAAAUUAAAAUAUAUUUGAAUACA